UCACUUACCUCUCCUCCUCAUAGCAGUCCACAUACUAACAUCUGCAGACCCCGGUGUGUGCAGUCCAGCGGAUCCUGGUCUGAUCCGUGACACAUCAUGUGGCUGAUUGUGUUGAGCACGUUACUUCAGUGCGCGUCCUCGGCCUACGAGGUGGAACCGGACAAACUGGAUGGUCUGGCCAAAGCCAAGGUGGAGACGUGUGGUGGAUGACAGCUGAACAGGCUGAGCGAGGUCAAAGCCUUUGUGGUCCAUGACAUUCCUCUUUAUCAUAACCUGGUGAUGAAGCACAUUCCUGGAGCUGACCCCGAGCUCGUCCUCCUGAACCACUAUUUCGAGGAGCUGGAUCGGAUCCCUUUGUCCGACAUGACCCGCUCUGAGAUCAACCAGUUGCUGGGGAAGCUGGGCUUCUACAAGAAGGAUCGACCUGAAGAUGAGGUGCCAGAUGAGUUCCGCUUCUCUCCCGCCAAAGACAGUCCAUUUAAAGAUGCUCCAUCAUACAAGCCCGCAUCUUCAUCUCUUGUCACAGAGAACGCCUCGUCCGAGCCAAAAUCAGACACCAAGCACUCCGAUCUCUAAAAACAGUAAAGUUACACUCUGCUUCACAGCUGCUCCAUGACCAGGUGGUUCCUGUGGUUUUCAUGUCACAAGAAAGCCAGGAGCUUAUGGAUUAGCAUGUGAGGAAGAAUGUAAUCUUUUUCUUAGAAAACAUCUUCCAGGGCCACACACUGAAUUUGCACUUUCUAACUGUGCUGUUUUAGAGUGGUAACACCACCAUUGUUGAUUUGUGAGCACUUUUGUAGGGGAUACACACACACGGCACUGAAAGUGCAUGUUUGGUUUGAGGUUGAUCCAUCAUGGUUGUCUCCUGUACCUCACUUGAGCUCUCUUACGUGUCUGCUGCCUUUGUUCACUGAGACACUAAAUGAAGCUCCGAGGUGAAGUCAUCCGACUGGCUGGGGGUUGAUGCACCGUGUUCCAGUGGGUUGGGGUUGACGCGAACAAGAGAAUUCAAGUGAAGUGAAGUGAUUCAACACGAAUAAAAGAUGUGGGUGGAA